AUGGUAAUUGACCCUAUUCCCUCCACAAUCAAGAGGGCAUGGAGUGACUGGAACCUCCAGUUCUAUAUGCUCUUGAGCCUUUCGCUACAAACUUUUUUAAUCCUUUUCGCACCAUUGAGGCCCCGAACUGCCAAUGUAUGGCUCAUCUCACUCAUAUGGUCCGCUUACUUGCUCGCUGAUGCGGCUGCUCUUUACGCGAUCGGGCAAAUAUCACGAAGCACGGAAGCUGCAGCUGAGACCACCAUUAACAGCGACCUCUUGGUAUUUUGGGCUCCUUUUCUUCUGCUACACUUGGGUGGUCCCGACACCAUAACUGCCUUCUCUCUCGAGGAUAACGCACUCUGGCUGCGUCACUUGUUCAACCUCAUAACCCAAGUUGUCCCGGUUGUUUAUGUCUUCGUUCAAUCAAUUCCGUCGAACAAGCUUUUAACCACAACAAUUCCCAUGUUGCUUGCCGGCACCAUCAAGUAUGCAGAGAGGACAAGGGCCUUGUAUCUUGCGAGCUUUGACACAUUUCAAAAGUCCAUGACAGGGGAAGCAGAUCCUGGAAAAGACUACGUGGCGUUUAUGGAAGACUUUGCUGCUAGGCAACAGGAUGCAAAAGCUCCACGCUUUGUGCAUUUAACAGAGCCCCCAUUGUAUCUCCCAACCUCCGAGGAAGGCGGUGUAGAUAACAUUUCGGCGGUGAAGCAUGCCCAUCGCUUUUUUGAAGUAUUCAAAGGUGCUCUCGUGGAUCGAGUAUUCAGCGCUUCUGAGCGCGCGGAGAGCCAAGAGUUCUUCUACAGGAAAAACUCGGAAGUUGCAAUGAGAGUAAUCUCUAUUGAACUCAACUUCAUGUACCAAGUUCUCUAUACCAAGGUGGUUGUGGUGCGUUCUAAGCUCGGCUACAUCUCCCGAUUUAUAUCCUUCUCAGCAAUUGUCAUAGCCCUUCUCCUUUUCAAUUCGUCGGAGAAGCAUAUGAGCUUGCACCCUGUUGACGCUGGGAUUACCUACUCCUUGCUCUACGGCGCAAUAUCUCUGGAAGCUAUAGCUUUCUUAAUGCUCUUUUUCUCUGAUUUAACCGCUGUUGCUCUCCUGAGCGAGAAAGGAAAAUUCAGUUCAACCAUGGCCUGUGUCUUAGACAAGUACCUCAACCUCAGGAGACCCAACCUGUCAAGUACAGAGGAGAUGAACUCGUCGAAUUUGUUGGAUUGGACGAGACGGAUCCUCUUCCAAAGGUGGUCCGAAUCUGUCUCUUGCUACAACUUAAUACAUUAUUGCCUCAAGGAAAGCCCCAAAUUGAAUCCCAACAUGCUUGAUUAUUGCGGCAUUAUUUACGCCAAAGUCAUCAAUGUUUUGGGCCUCAAGGAUUUUCAAGACCAGCUGAAAUAUGUUUCAUGCAAGCCACUCAGUGGAAAUUUAUGGGAUUUCAUCUUCAAAAGGCUCAAGUAUCCAGACGGUAAUGAGAAUCGUCUUAUUCCAAUUGCCGGUAACUUUGGGGGGCGGCAGAAUAGUGGUGAUUGGAAGAAUCAUUGCAAUAGGGCAGUGGAUUAUGUGCGUGAUGUAGAUGGUUAUGAUCAGACCCUUCUAUUGUGGCAUAUUGCUACUGAAAUCUGCUACAAUACUGACGAUGAUCAUGAGGCCAAUAUUACUACUGAUCAGAAGAAAAGACGCGAGUUUAGCAAGGUCAUGUCGGAUUAUAUGUUGUAUCUUUUAGCAAUGCAACCAACGUUGAUGUCUCCUAUAGCAGGAAUUGCACGUAAAAGAGUCCAAGAUACCUGUGCCGAGGCCGAGAGAUUCUUCAGCCAAAAGGGCUUGGGACCGGGAUCAACACAGGAACAGGCCUGUAGGACGAUCCUACAGGUAGAUACGGGAUUUAGCCCAGUUAUGGUAAGGGGAGACUCAUGCAAAUCUGUUUUAUUUGAUGCUUGUAUUUUGGCCAAGCAGCUAAAAGAGGAGUUGAAAGAAAACAAGUGGGAUCUCAUCAAUCAUGUCUGGGUAGAACUGCUUGCAUAUGCUGGAGGUCAUUGUGGACCAAAGAAUCAUGCACAACUACUAAGUAGAGGUGGAGAGCUCAUUUCUUAUGUUUGGUUGCUAAUGGUUCAUUUUGGCCAACUGGGGCACUUCCAAACAAGACGUGGCGACAGAAUUGAAGUCUAG